CGGCUGUGAGCGGAGGGAGCGCGGUGCUGUGGCUGAGCGAGAGGCACUGAGUCCCCGCAGAGCGAGAGAGCGGAGUCCGGGAGAGAGAGAGCGCGCGGAGAGACACGGAGCUCAGCGAUACCGCGGGGGAAGAGCACACGGAGGACGGAGCGGCGGAAGCGGGUCUGGCGAAAGCUGAACAAACCACUGAGUUGUCCUUCACCAUCAUGUAUGCAUUUGGACAAAUGAGGAUUUAUCAUUUUUCAUAAAGUUCAAAACAAUAAAAUACCAAGUAAGUUGCAGUAUUUGUUUAGGAUAAACCCAGUGAUAUUCUUAAAGAAAAAAUGGCCAGCACCCAGACCAGUAUGAAAACCUCUUUCAAAGACCCAAUUUCAUUUAAGAACAGCAUGAAAAGAUUGUACCGGGAGAAUCUUGAGGAUGCGCCUAUUAAGAAGCGAGUGAUGGCGGAGAUGAAGAUGAAGCGGAGGGGUGGCCUGGACGUGCUGCCCAGGGGCGCAAAAGUAAAGCGGGAGCUGGAUGAGUCACGUUGUGAUGUGGAUGCUGAGGGGCAGGAAGUGCAUGAUGGGAAGGCUUUGGAUCUAAGUCCAGGGCUCAAACACACUUUAGCCCAAUUUACCCUGAGCAGCCAGAGCUCUCUGGGUGGCCCAGCUGCUUUUUCAGCCAAAACAGCCCAAGAAGUGAGCCUCCCAGGCGGCAUGGCACCUCUGCCCUCACCCUCGUUCCUGGGCGUUGGGCCUUUGCUGGUUCCCUCUGAUAGUUCCACUGAGCUUACACACUCCAUCCUGGAAGGAGAGUCUAUUUCCUGCUUCGUAGUCGGCGGAGAAAAGCGACUUUGCCUUCCGCAGGUACUGAACUCGGUUUUGCGAGAUUUCUCCUUGCAGCAGAUUAAUGCAGUUUGUGACGAGCUUUAUGUUUACUGUUCCCGCUGUGAUGCCGAGCAGCUGCACAUACUCAAAGUUUUGGGGAUUCUACCCUUUAAUGCACCGUCUUGCGGCCUUAUUACGCUGACGGAUGCUCAGCGGCUCUGUAACGCCCUCCUGCGCCCCGGGACCGCGAUACAUGUCGAACAGUCUAUGCUAAAAGCGAAAGACAGCGAGGCCGGGUUCCAGGUGGAGCACCAGUGCCUGGGGAAGUGCCAGGGCCUGUUUGUGCCGCAGUUUUACGUGCAGCCGGAUGCGCCCUGCAUACGCUGUAUGGAGUGCCAGCUGCUUUUCUCGCCACAGAACUUUGUCAUGCACUCUCACUGCUCACCAGACAAGAGAACCUGCCACUGGGGCUUCGACUCGGCCAAGUGGGCCUGCUACCUUCAACUCAGCCGCAGAUACCAGGGAGCAGCCGAGGAGCCCAAACUCAGACAGCUGCUUGACGAGAUGAAGAACAAAUUUCACUCACCGACGCUGAAGAGGACACUGGACAAGAAAGCGACAGAUGAUGAUGGCCAUAUGAGGAAGCCCAGCCCUGACCUUUGCCCCUCCAGUGAUAAGUUGUGUGAUAAAGAGCUGGAGAAAAAGGCUAAAGACCAGUCUGUGCUCGGGUUCAGUCAUCUGUUUCCUGAUAUCAAAGAGGAGGCUGCCCAUGCUCCCAUCGUCCACCCCAGCUACUACCUGUACCCGUACGAUAAGAUGGUGGCUCCCAACGUGUCUCUGCAGAAGGAUGGUGAGGUCGGAGCGGAGGUUCUUGGAGCGCUGCUGAAACAGCACUACAGCAGGAGAAUACACAACCAGGACAACCAGCCUGAUCUCCAUGUGUCUUCCUCCUCCGUUGCCGGGGAGGUUAAAUCCAGUCACCCAGGCGAAGCACCAGCCGUUGCCGUGGAGACGGUGUGCAGUAAGGAGGAUGAUAAGGAGCGAAUCGUGCUGGACAUAGUCCAGAUGUACAGCAGACAGCAAGAGAAGCUCAACGCCACACUGCAUCGGCAGCUGCAGCUCGAGACGGAGUUGGAGUCAGUGCGUGGAGGUGAGGCGGCCCAGCUGAGGCAGCUGUCAGCAGAGCACAGCGAGCUGCAGAGCGAGCUAGAGGCGGUUCACACUGAGCAUGCUCAGAAGCUGGGGGAAGUGCGUCAGGAACAGAGGGACCUGGAGCGCAGGCUGGAGCAGCUCAGGCAGCAAGGCUGCACCUGUAAACCUAAAGCACAGGAGGAACAGUACACUGCACAGCUGUGUGAUCUGCGGUGUCGCUUAGAGCGUGCAGAGGCAGAGCGCCAGGAGCUGCAGGACGAAUUACGACGGGAGCGCGAGGCGCGGGAGAAACUGGAGCUCAUGAUCACUCAGCUCCAGCAUCAGAUCAUCCAGACUACCAGCAAGACCAACAUGAGUCCACACAGCCAGAAGACACUCUCCUCUACUGCCCCGGCAACUACAGCCAGCUAAACACACACACACACACACAUUUGUGUGCCUGCAGCCUGUAAACCCUGCCCCCUCCCUCAUCACCCACACAAGCUGAGUCCCCGACACAAGCGAAAUCAGCCCUGCUGGAAACGGGACCGGGACAUGCGUGUUCCUUUUUUUCUUUUCGCGUUUAAAAGACUUAUAAUUUAACACCAUUUAAAACAUCUAUUUUAUGUUGUCGUGUCGUUUCCCAUUCUUACAGUAUUUAAAACCUUUGUAUGUGUUUUAAUUUAUAGUUUUGCUAAUAGGCUGCUUAUUAAGGAAACAGGAGGGGAUGCUUUGCCUCUGAACUGGACUAAAGACUGUGGGGCUGAUUGGAAACAGAAUUAAAUGUUUUAAUCCCACCGGUGGAGCUCCAAGGAGUCAAAAUGAACACUGAAACCAGUGCUUUGCUGUACACCAGCUCCAGCAGGAAAAACAUUUUUACCUUCUAAAAUGUUAAACUUCAGUGCAAAAUGAAAUGGUUGAUGAAAAAAGGUCUGAAAGUGUACUAAAAUGUCUGCGAUGUGGAAUUAUCAUCCUAAACAUUGCAGUCAUUGUGCUUUUUCAUGAAGGUGAAAGCAAAACCCAAAGGCUGGAGGAUGGAAGGGGCCUCUUUGAGAGGCCCGCUGGCUUCAGAUGAUAAUCCUCCUUCUCCCUCCUUUUUUUCCCCCUCCCUCCCUCGGCGCCUGCUGUCUGCUGGUGAUUAGACGUUUCCUGGAUGUUUUCUUUCCUUUUAGAGCUGCACACAUGCACACGUGUGCCCUCUGCUGGACAAAACCAGCUGCAGCAGCAGCGUCCGGAUGAUAGAGUGUUUAGUGUUGAGCCUCUUCACUAAAGCAGCUGAAUGUGAAUUGCAGCAUUUAGUUGAUCUUUUUGAGGAACAGUCAGAGCAGAAUGUUUUGUUUUUUGGCAUCCCACAAUACACACUGUUCCAAACGCACAGCAGGGUGAGCAAACGGGGGAGACUGAGGGCCCCCGGGGGCCACAUUCAUGAAAUCACGCCUUAAAAAUGAAAACCUUCUGUGCUUUUCCCACUUAAACUAACCUAAGAUUUAUUGUUCUUGAUGGUUCUUCUUGACAUUUUAGUGUAUUUUGGUUUUCCACAGUCACAGCUGUCAAAUAUGUUUCAAAUCUGUCACGUUCAGGCGCACAGCAAAUUAAACUGAUGAUAGCCUGGCACUGUUUAUGAUACUAUAAUCACUACAUAUUUAAGAAAAUGAUUAGGCCUGCUAGAAAUGACAAACAAUAAUAAAGCUUAAUUACGAGAGAAUAAUUGACUGUAGUUCAGAAUUUGUAUUGAAAUUUGCAUUUAAGUACAUUUAUAUCAAUUUCAGUCUGUUUUUCCUCCGAUUUCGUAGAUUCAGUAAUAUUAAAGUAAUGUAGCAGUAAAUUAGUAUAAAUGCAUAUGCAAAUAUCUUACUAAGGCAAGAUUUAGGUAUUUAGGAGAGCUGUGCUUUUCUGUUUUCUGUUUCCAAGCUUUUGUGAAUGUUGCGCCCCCUGGUGUCCGCCUCCCCUCGGUAGUGCAGAGGAGCUGUUAUAUCUGUGGAGCAGAGCGUGGCAGACAGAAUCAGAGAUUUUUUUUUUGUCGCUGUUAGCACGUUGCUGUGAGAGAGAGAGAGAGAGAGAGAGAGAGGUGGUAGACAGCAGCACCAUCUGGAGCUUUUCCUGCUCCAAUUCAGUAUGAUUUCUCCAAGCACACAGACAGACACGAAGGCAGGCAAGAGUCCCAGGGUCAGUACUGAUCUGCAGAGUGAUUUUAUAAAUAGUUAUAUAUAUAUAUAUAUAUAUAUAUAUAUAUAUAUAUAUAUAUAUAUAUAUAUAUAUAUGUAUAUGUGUGUGUGUGUGUGUAUGUGUGUAUAUUUUUAUAUAUGUAUACACACACACAUAUAUCUCACCCAGUCCGUAAGCUGACAAACACAAAAAAGAGAAAAAGAAAAAGAUGAGAAAAGAGUCUUUAAUCAACCAAUACUGUACAUUUGUGAUCUCUGUUUAUUUGCAAAAACAAAAAAAGAAAGUGGUUGGAAAUGUAUUUAAUGUAUUAAUGAAUAGAUUUAUAUACACUUUGUACAUACUGUAGUCUUUAAUAUAUUAACUAUGUCAUUAUAAAGAAUCUUUAAAAGAUUAUAUUGUGAAGCUCACUGGGCCUUUUUUCUAUGAGGUUUGAAGUGCAUGAUGGUGUGAGAAAAGGGAAAUGGGUGAAAAAAUAAUAAUUACAGCUGUUUUUAAUGCUUCUGCUUAUUAUUAUUACUAUUACUAUUAUUACUAUUAUUAUUAUUAUUAUUAUUAUGAUCAUCAUUAUUUAGUGGUUACUCCUGACAUUGUUGGGGCUUUUCAUGUUUGAUGUUAAAAUGUAUGUUUGCCCUGUUACCAUGACACACUAUGAAUUCUGUGUUAUGAGGCGGAAAAAAAGGUUUAUUUGCAUUUAGCUACUUUUUGUACGAAAGAACGAGGAAAGCAUGCGUUUUGUAAGUGAUUGCUGCUUGGCUCUUUAAAAAAUCUAUUAUUAUUUACACAAUAAUACAGUUUUGUAUAUGUGUAAUCCCCACUUUUCAGGCUGCACCCACAAAUGUGUUUGUGUAUUGCUACUGUUGGGAUGUUGGUCAAGCUUUAUAGAACGAUAGCUAAAAAAAGAGAAAUAGCAAUAUUGAGAGACAUUUAGAGUUAUCAUUAUUCACCCUAAUAUGAGACAGAAAGACAGGCAGUGAUUCUCCCUCAUCCACACAGUUAAAGUCUGGGUUCAGGUAGUCUCAUAAAUCAACUGCUCAUUUGUUCACUUUCAUUAUGAGCUGCAGUCGUAAUUUCCUGUGGUCCUGAUUGGUAAUGAUGUGUGUGUGUGUGUGUGUGUGUGUGUUAGAGAGAGCUGAGGCUUUGAACAAAUCAGUGUUGUUGGCUGCUGUUGCCUCCGCAGCCAUCACUCUAAAGGUGUUUUUUUUUUCUUUUUGUUGAGGUAUUUAAAUGCAUUUCUCAAGCUUUCUAGAGUGAACUGUUUUUUAUUUGUACUGAAACUAUGAAAACUUGUAAAAUUGCUCUCUUUUUGCUUUGUACACAGGGGGGCGCUCUAGGGCCGAGCUGUAGAAAAAGUGGCCACACUAUUAGUGUCGCUCUCCUCUCUCUAUUUCUUGUAUGUGUAUGAGAGGUGUUCACUAAUGCUGAAUAAGUGGAUAUGUAUAGGCUUGAUGACAUUAUGAUGACUAUUAGAGUUAUUAUUACCCUAACUAAGACGAUUAGACUAUUAAAGACCUAAAGACCCUUUUUGCAGCUGAAUGCUUUGUAUAGAGAAAAGAACAUAUGACAGUUCAGCCCUCACUACGACAUGCUGACUGUGUAGCGUUGUUUAAAAAGACAUAAAUAUAUAUAAAUAUAUAUAUUAUAAAAAAUAUUGAAAACAUUUUUUUAUUAUGAGUGUAAAACACAACUUUUAUUGGCUAAAUAAUGAGCUUUUUUUAUUGCCAUGUUUCUCCAGACCUGAGAAACACCAUGUGUUUUCAUCACACGACCGGAUGUUUACUGUUUACGGCUGUUGGUGAACGUCCCGGAGCGUGCGAGCGAUGCAUGAUAAACGAGACGCCGCUCUCCUACCUCAUGUUGUGAUAUAAGAACUGUUUUGUAAGCAGACGACACAUCUCUCCAGUUCCCCUGAGUGACCGAUUUCCUAGUUUAAACACAUGGACGUGCUUUUAGCCGAUACCUCAGUUGUACGUAGAGUUUUUUUUUCUGUUGUUCUACACUUUGUACAUAUGCCUUGUAUAGACAAUGAUCUUGGAUUCUAUUCAAGUAAAGAUCUGUAGUGUCAGAAAGCU